ACACCACUUGACCACAACAACAAAUCAAUAUAUAAUUUAUUUAAUUAGACCAACAUCCUUCAAUUAGACCGAGCAUCCUAUGGUUGUUCACAAAAUUUCAAAUCAAACAUCUCCUUAGUACAAUUUCGGUACAAUUUCAGUGUACCAGUCGAUAUUUUGUGUGUCGAUCGAUACAUCAAAAUUAAACUGAUACUGUUUAAAAGAACAAAAAACACUCACAUACACGAACAUAUACCGAUCAAAAGCUUGACAACGACAACAGAGAAGAUCAUCAACAAAAUUACUAGGUGAAGUGUAGUAAAUAAACUUUCUUGGCCGGCAGUAUCUUAGAUCUGAGCCUUGAUGCUCUCGUGCUUGAUAACUAGAGUCCGAGUCUGGAACUCGACUCCAAUCGUGGCCUUUGAGUCCAAAUUCAACUCGUUCGAGGCGAAGCAAGCCAGAAUCUACGAUUUCCCCAUGGCCGAGUCACCUAUUAGCUCAACCUUGAAGACAUAGUCUAUCUUCUGGUUGGAUCACCAUAUCCACCCAUUCCAAUGACCUUGACUCUGUUCUUUAAGAUUCAAACUAACCCGUUAUCGAGCUGAGAUAGAGGCUUUUAGACUUGGAGGGUUGUGUUGUGUAAAUGGCUAAAUGAAAAGGAAGAAAGAAAAUCAUUCAAGACGAGGAAAUAUCUUGUCGAAUUGCAAAAAGAAAGGAUCUGGACUCUG